GUAGAGAAAACUAAACAUGGAUCACGUUUAACUAGUAUUUAAAGCGAUUUGCGCAACAUCAGGAGAAAAUCUGCCAAGGAAAUUGGUUGCAUAGACCUGCCCGUGAUAUUCAAUGUGAAAAACGCUGUUAAAAUACAUUAUACGAGAUUCGAAAGAGUGAAAUAGGCGAAUUGUCCAUCUGAGCUCCAAAGCUGCAGAUCAUGGAGUCUUGGAAGAGUCACGUGCGAGUGGAGCUGUUUCACCGAGACAGCAGGCAGAAAGACCCUUUCUCUGGCCUUUUUGACAAGGUGUCCAGGCUGGAGGAGAUGCUGGACUUUCACAUCAAACUCUGGCAAGGCAGUUCCAAAGAAAAUGGAAGCUCAAAAUGUCCAGAUAAAGGAGGCACACUUUAUUUGAGAGUGAAUGAAGUGGAAUUUCUUAAUCAACAGCUCAAACAGAAAAUAUCAGAUCUGACCAGCAAUAUAUACCUGAAGGAGGCGGAGUUACAAUACUGUCACUCACAAGUUGCCCGUUACAGGACAGAAGCGGUUUUGUUGGCCCAGGGGGCUUCCUGUCUGAAGUCUGAUCUGGAGGAAUAUGAGUAUCAGCUGGAGUGUCAGUCAAAGGAACUGACAGCACUGAGAUUGGAGCACAACACACUGAGAGAGGAACUGGCUGCCACAAAACACCAGAAGGAGCAGCUCCUAGACCGCUGGUUAGAGGAGAAAAAAGAGGAGGCUGAGAGGAUUAAUAAGCACAAUGCAACACAAGAAAGGUGGCAACGUUUAGCUGGUCGACUGAAGAAGCGGUAUCGUGGCAGGUCUCGCCCAACACCGUGUGCAGCCAACAGCAGCUCAGAUAUCAAACCGACAGAGCCUAAAAUUUAACGUCCUCCUUCUUAAAACAAACGUAUUUAACUAGGAAAGUGAAUUUGAUGAUGAUUUUUUUCCACACUUUGAGAUUAUUUUAUAACAAGCAUUAAAGCACUAUAAAAAAAUGAUUUUCUU